ACGCCCAGGGCCGCGACGACGCACGAAUACGGUCCCACUAACACCCGCCGGAGCUACUUCUGACCUCAUUGCACCUCUCCCUCGCUCCUUCUUUUCCUACUACGUUCCGCAGGCACGACCCAACGCGAGGCGGCGGAAGGUGCAUGGUGACAGGCAAUCGCUCGGCGCAAUGCGGCUUCCCGUGCUGGACGCAAGGGGAGGAGGCCGAGUGCUGGAGAAAAGAGACUCCAAAAACAACAAGGCCCUCGUCGUUGUUGCGGUAAUCGUCAUUGCGAUAUUUGUGAUCUUAGUAAUAACCUACCUUGUCACGCUCAAAUUCCGCAAUAAAACCCGCGCUUCUGCUUCCUCGUCUCGGUCUCCAAACGGCAAGCUCCCGAGUCUGUUCAGCUGGCAGAACUGGCGCAAACGACCCCGACGAAACGACUAUUCAACCUCGCUCCAGGACAAUGAGCUCGAUCGGAGCAGCACGCGCGAUCGCGAGAUGUCGGGCGCGCUGGACCCUGAGAGACAGAGUGUGAAUGCCAACGGCGUGGAUCGCAAUACUUCUGUUAGGAGUGUCAUGACGUUACCUGCGUACUCGCCCGCGGCGAGGGAGAAUGAGAGGAUUCUGGGCAGGGAGGGCGAGAGGGGUGGGAUUGAUACUGUGGUUGAGUUUCCCGAGACGCAGGAUGAUGAGGAGGCCAGGAGGGAGGAUGAGAUGGAGAGCCUGUACCAGAUCCGCCUUGCAAGACGGGCCGAGGCUAGGGAACGGGAGGAGAGGAGGCAAGCGAGGAGAGAGGCGCGAGAGAGAGGGGACAUGGAAGCUCUGGCUGAGAUAAGAAGGAGAGCAGAGGCCGCCGCUGAAGAGUCGAUAUCCCAGGUUCUGAUUGCCGAGCAUCAAUCCACAAACCGUGACCGGCGUGUGUCCAGCGUCCAGUAUGGCGAUCUUGGUCUGGCUCGACAUGACGGCACGCGAUUGCGGGCAAACUCGAGCGAAAGCGACAACAGACCCCUUCUUGAUUCCGCAGCCUCCAUCAGCGGCCAAAGCCAGCGCAGCAGGGGUCUCAGCAACAACACACUGCACUCUCACUACCGCGGCCCUUCCGCUUCCUCAGUCCUUUCGAUAUCCACCCGUGCCUCGGACGAAUUCGAGUUCCCGGACCCCGUCCAUCGAUCCCGGAGCAAUGACACCGCAACCGAUGACUUUGAAGUCGUAUCCCUAUCACACCCGCGCUCAAGGUCCGCAAGCCGAGUAGCAACUCCCAUCCCUGCCCCAAGCAUCGAAGUACCACAUGAAGACGCCCCGGCCUACGAGGACCCUCCGAACUACGAAAGCCCCGUACGCACCCGUGCGCCUCAACUUCCAUCCCUAGAACGACUACCCAGUAUCCAGGUGACGACGGAGCUGACGCCUGUCGACGGUCGGGGAUCUAGUGGAAAUUCUCCUUUGUCUCGGUAACUUGAUACCCGAGCGUAACACACUGUGUUAAUAUUGGACAGACCUCCUUCUCCUCCCCCCUUUCAUUUAACUCCUGAGACUAUUUUGGAUCUGCAAUCGCGACUUAUAUAUGGGAUGAGACUCACGAAGUUACGUACGGCCGGGGAGGAGCCUGGAUCGCUCUUCUCUUCACGACGGAAACUCCGAAUAUAGGCGUCAUUGGGCGUUUAACCUUCGUUAUGGUUGGAUAUCU